UGGGAACGCCGAGCUAGAAGAGAAAAAGUCGCAAAGCAGACACUCCGGGUGAACGUGAAGUUAUAUUCGGCAUCGCAAGUUAGCUACCGGCAAUAUCUCCUGUUCCGGACCCUCCUUCCCCCCAUUGUACCGCCAAACCAGCUGAAUGUCCAGAACCUCGGGAUUUCGCAUUAUAUGGCGCAGGCCAACCAGUGGCUGAUUUCACUUUCAUUCAAUGAAUACAUCGCAUGUUUCUCCAACAGGCAGGCGCAGACGACUGGGUGGGUUUGGGGUGGCACAGACCGCCUGUUUAGGGUUAUGGCCAUGCAACAGCAAGAAGUUAUUCGUAACCUCACUAUUAACGAUAUCAAUCGCGGUGCAACUGAGUCGACAGUCAAUACUGCCUUUCUAUCUUUCUUGAAUGCCAUCUCAGACUUGGGCCCGCAGCCUGCUCAACGCCUAUGGAUCCUCGCACCCAAGAAGCUUGUAGCGGACUUCAGCACACCGCAGCGCGAAAGAAGACUUGUGGCCUACAUAGAUGGACAGCUGGAAGAUGUCGUUCUACUCAAACCUCAAGCCCAAGACGCCCAGGCUGCCAACGCGGCUAACCAGCCAAACCAGUAUCUCCCGCAAGCUGGCAGAAUAAUCGCCUGGAUAAAGAGCUUUCCCGCGGCAGCGGGGGCUGCUGAUUCACGAGUACUCUUGUCCAAGCACGGUACCGAGCUCUAUAUCAGUGUCUCUAGUUAUGAUGAUGGGUGGUUGAGGUACAUGCAGGGGGCGAGGGGGGAGGGGGCCGGGCUAUCUCUCCAGAGCUGGGUUCGCGAACAUGCGCCGUUUUGGCCCCUGGGACACAUGCCGGCCAAACGACAUGAGGAACUAUACCCUGAUCAUUAUCGCACUUUUAUGGAUUUAACUUAG